AAACAAAUCCGACGAAACCACUCCGGUAUUGCCAAUACCGCCUAUCCCCCACCCAAAACCGCCAUCCGCGUCUAUAUAUAUGUGCACCACCACGCAAGCUCUUUCUCAUCCAUGAAUGCCCUUCCUAGUAGCAGUAACUGCGGGUAAGCUGAGCUGAAAGGUCAAACAAUAUAAUGGGGAGAGGGAGGGUGCAACUGAAGAGAAUAGAGAACAAGAUAAACCGACAAGUCACCUUCUCCAAACGCCGUACUGGCUUGCUCAAGAAAGCCCACGAGAUUUCCGUCCUGUGCGAUGCCGAGGUUGCACUCAUCGUCUUCUCCACUAAAGGAAAGCUCUUCGAGUACGCCACUGAAUCUUGCAUGGAAAAGAUUCUUGAACAAUAUGAAAGAUACUCAUAUGCAGAGAGGCAACUGAAUUCAACAGAUCAAAACUCACAAGGAAGUUGGACUCUGGAGCAUGCAAAGCUCAAGGCUAGGAUGGAGGUUCUACAAAGAAACCAAAGGCAUUAUGAGGGAGAAGACCUAGAUUCUUUAAGCCUCAAAGAGCUUCAGAAUCUGGAGCGCAAACUUGAUUCAGCACUUAAAAAUAUUCGGUCAAAAAAGAAUCAACUCAUGUUUGAAUCCAUCUCUGAGCUCCAGAAAAAGGACAAAGCAUUGCAGGACCAAAAUAAUCAGCUUGCUAAGAAGAUCAAGCAGAGGGAGAAAGAGAUUGCUCAGCAGCAGCAACAGCAGCAGGAGGUUCAGUGGGAGCAGCCUAACGACGACAUAAAUUCCUCCUAUGUUGUGCCGCCACCGCUCGUGCACCUCAGCAGUGAAGGAGAGUAUGGAGAAGCAGAAGGAACUCAUCAGCGUCAGCAGCAGUCCAACACCACUGCCAUGCCGCAGUGGAUGCUUAGCCACCUACACGGCUAACUAGCUAAUUAAAAGCUAAAAUGGUCCCGGAAAAUCCACCAAUAUAUAUAAUUAUAUAUAUACAUAUAUGUUUAUAUAUACACAGUUUCUGCAUAUGUAUAACAUAUUGUCACUCUGGUGCAUAUAUAGGGAGCAAAUGUAGUUACCUUUUGGUCUAUAUAUGUAUAUCUAAGUAUGUUUUCUACUUUGAACAAAUAUGCAGAAACUUUAGUUAAUAAGAUUGUUGCUCUAUACUAAUUUCUUGCCUCUUUAAAAACAAUAAAAAGUUGUGACAAAAUUGUUUGAAUGUCA